GAUACACUAGGAUACAGAGAAUACAGUGGAUACAGUGGAUACAGUGGAUACACUAAGAUACACUAGGAUACACUAAGAUACAAUGGAUACAGUGGAUACACUAGGAUACAGUGAGAGAGCGGCAUCAUGCACGAUAACAUAAAGCAUACCGCCAGGACAUUAUAAUCAGGCAUACAUGAAGUACUUACCAAAAUGAACGCUGGCAAAAAUGUGCUGGCGCAGCUGGCCGUUACGCAUGCGUACUUGUCAUCCGGGCAAUUGUAUGUCUUGAUGUAAAUCAAGGCUACGUGGCAGAACAGUGUACCAUAGAGAGUUAGAAACUCAACUUUGAAGCUUUCUAACUCUAAAACGCAAAGGGUUUUGGACUUACUUUUAGAGGCACAAGCCUCUGCUAUACUUCAAUUAUUGCCCUUCUGGUUUUUAUUGAAUUUUACUGCAUUUUAAGACAAAAAAACCAUGAUGAGUCAGGGCCCUCCACCGCCAGGAGCCGGCUACAGGAAUCAACCAUUUGAUGGCAAUCUCAAGGGAGGCCAACAGAAUGGACCUCAGGCGCCUUUUCCACCACAACAAUUUACCAGUAACAUGUCGAAUGGACAAAUGAACGGUGUAUUCGACAAUCGUCAGCCUCAGUUUCCUCAACAGAUGCCACAAAAGGGUGGUUUACCUUAUCAGACUCAGCAAAUGCCACCUCCUGGUGGUCAGCAACCACCAAGAUCACAACCCCAGCAACUUCCUCCAACAUCUCAAUACCAACAACAGCGACCUCAACAACAUCCAUCACACCAGCAGCAACGACCAGGAAUGCCUCCUCAGCAACCUCCUACAUCACAACAGCAAAGACCUGGCAUGCCACCACAACAAAACCCAUCACAGCAGCAGCAACGACCAGGAAUGCCUCCCCAGCACCCUACUACAUCACAACAGCAAAGACCUGGCAUGCCACCACAACAACAUCCACAACAGCAGCAGCGACCAGGAAUGCCACCACAACAACCUCCUACAUCACAACAGCAAAGACCUGGCAUGCAACCACAACAAAACCCAUCACAGCAGCAGCAACGACCAGGAAUGCCUCCCCAGCACCCUACUACAUCACAGUACCAACAACAACAAACCCCUGGUAUGCCUCCACUACAGCAGCGACCAAUAAUGCCACCACAACAACCUCCUACAUCACAACAGCAAAGACCUGGCAUGCCACCACAGCCUCCAACCUCUCAACAACAACAACAGCAACCUGGUAUGCCACCACAUCCAUCACACCAGCAGCAACGACCAGGAAUGCCUCCCCAGCCUCCAACAUCACAACGUCAACCUGGCAUGCCACCACAUUCCCGGCCACCUAUAAUGAGUUCCCAGAUAAACCAACAGAUGCAGAACCUAGAUAUAAAUGCAUCACAGAGUUCAUCAAUGUCAAUGGGAUGGUCCCAACAACAGCCUGCUAGACCCCCCAUGCCGUCAUACCCACCAAUGCCAACAGGUGGACCUGGUCAACCUGGUCCACCUCAAUCAGGACUCACUAUGAACCCUCCAUCAUCCAUGGCAGGGCCACCAAUGAUGCCUGGAAUGGGGGGACAACCUGGUAUGCCACCAACAUCAUACCCUGUUUCUCAGAGUGGUCACCAUGGAUAUCCUAGCUCUGGACCAAGCCAUCCUGGUCAAAGGCCUCACAUGGCCGGUCCUGGUAUGUCUGGCCCAAUGGGUCAACCUAUGCAGCAGCAGAAGAGAAUUGAUCCUGAUCAAAUGCCCAGCCCUAUACAAGUGAUGAAGGAUGACCAGGAAACGCAUAAAGACGGUCCAUUCCUCACCAAUACCAGGGGUAGGAUACCUCCUCUUGUGUCCAGCAAAUUUGUGGUCAAAGAUGAUGGCAAUUGUAGUCCGAGAUUCAUGAGGAGUACAAUGUACAAUGUUCCUUGUAAUAAGGACCUUUUACAAGCCAGCGAUAUCCCUUUUGCUGUUGUUAUCACACCCUUUGCUGAAAUACCUAUAAAUGAGGGAUAUCUACCCGUUAUCAACCAUGGUGUCAAUGGCCCAGUGCGUUGUAACCGCUGUAAAGCAUAUAUAAACCCUUUUGUACAAUUCAUUGACGGAGGCAGACGAUUUGUUUGCAACAUCUGUUCUUACUCUACAGAAGUUCCGUCAGAAUACUUCUGUCACCUUGAUCAUCAAGGUCUAAGGGUUGACUUAUACGAGAGGCCUGAACUUCAUCUUGGUUCUUAUGAGUUUGUAGCCACUACAGAUUACUGUAAGGACCAGAAAUAUCCUGACCCCCCAGCCUACAUAUUCAUGAUAGAUGUAUCAUAUCAAAGCAUACAAUGUGGUAUGGUUCGACUAUUAAUGAAAGAGAUUGGUGAAUUACUGGACCAUUUGCCAAAAGAGUACAAUGAUGAGCAGUCAAGAAUCAAAGUUGGUUUUGUGACAUACUCAAAUCAUUUACACUUCUACAACAUUAAGGAAAACCUAGCCCAACCUCAAAUGAUGGUAGUAUCUGAUGUAGAAGAUGUAUUUGUCCCUCUAUUAGAUGGAUUCCUGGUAAAUGUUGAGGAAGCAAGAAGUGUUAUUGACAGCUUACUGGAACAAAUCACCACCAUGUUUGCUGAUUCAAGAGACACAGAAACUGUUCUUGGACCUGUAAUUCAAGCAGGAGUAGAAGCUCUUAAGUCUGCAGGAAUAGCUGGAAAGCUCUUUGUCUUCCACUCAUCUCUACCAAUCGCCGAAGCUCCUGGAAAAUUAAAGAAUCGAGAAGAUAGGAAAUUACUGGCCACUGACAAGGAGAAGACCAUUUUGGCACCACAGACAAACUUCUAUGAAACAUUAGCUAAAUCCUGUGUAGAAAAUGGUGUAACAGUGGACUUGUUUGUGUUCCCUAAUGCCUACAUAGACCUUGCUACUAUUGGUUGUGUAGCUAGUCUGACUGGAGGACAGAUCUUCAGAUAUUCUUACUUCAAGGAAGCUUCACAUGGCCAACAGUUCCGAGAAGACCUGAAGAAAACAAUCGAAUGUAAAAUGGGUUUUGAUACCGUCAUGAGACUUCGCUGUAGCUCAGGGUUACGCCCAGUGGAUUUCCAUGGCAACUUCUACAUGAGUAACACAACUGAUGUUGAACUGGCAGGCAUUAAUCCACAACAGGCUAUCGCAAUCGAAAUCAAGCAUGAUGACAAGCUACAAGAAGACAGCACAGCUUACUUGCAGUGUGCAUUGUUGUAUACAUCGGUCAGCGGUCAGAGGAGGUUACGGAUUCAUAAUCUGGCAUGCAAUACCUGUACACAACUGUCAGAGUUGUUCCGAUGCUGUGAAAUGGACACCUUUGUAAAUUUUGUAUCUAAACAAGCCGUAAAACAAGUCCUCACAACAGUGCCAAAGGACAUCAGAGAGCGGCUUAUCAACCAAUGUGCUCAAAUAUUAGCAUGCUAUCGAAGGAACUGUGCUUCUCCUUCUUCAGCUGGGCAGUUAAUCUUGCCCGAGUGUAUGAAACUAUUGCCACUAUAUGUGAACUGUAUUAUCAAAAAUGAUGCUUUGAGUGGAGGCUCAGAGAUGAGUUCAGAUGAUAGAAACUGGCUGAUGAGAAAAGUCCUGUCGAUGGAUCAGUCGUUAUCUGUUCCUUUCUUCUACCCAAGACUAUUCCCCGUGCAUGACGUUGAUGUUGAAUCAACCGGUCUGCCUGAGCAGAUCAGAUCUUCUAUGGAAAGAAUGUCAGAUAAUGGAAUGUAUAUUCUAGAUAAUGGAAUUGCACUAUUCUUAUGGGUGGGUCUACAAGUUGACCCUAACUUAUUACAGCAAGUAUUUGGCGUACCAACCAUAGGACAAGUUGAUAUCGAGAUGACGUCAUUGCCUACCCUUGAAAACCCUCUGUCUUCUCGCUUAAGAGGCAUUAUUGAAGAGAUCCUCCAAGAAAGACAGCAAUAUUUGAAGCUGACAGUUGUUCGGCAAAGAGACAAGCUAGAACCAUGGUUCAAGCAUUUCCUGGUUGAAGACAAAGGCUUGAGUGCUACUCAACAGAGUUACGUUGACUUCUUGUGUCUCAUGCAUAAAGAAAUCAGAAGCCUUCUCAAUUAAAUCUUACCUACAACAGCUUAAUUUUUAAUGCAUUGCAAUACUCGCAUUGCCACAAAUCUAAAUCGUUUAUGUAGUGGUUGGAAUCAAAAGAAAACACUGCGCAUUAAUAUCAAAACACUUAAAUACAAAACUGUACACAGAGUCAAUUUAUAUUUGUUCCACCUUUUGGGCAUCUUGUUUUAUGUAAGCCACAGGAAGCCCAAAAGGUCAGAUGGUUAGUAGAAUAUCAUGUUCAAAAUCAGAUAGUGUUUAACACGAACAAUAAUAUAAACUAAAGUUCAAAACGGACAUUUUUGAACAGAACACCAUUCCAAGUAAAGCAUAUUUUAUUUGUUAGAUCAUUACAGUAAAGUUUCAAGUUAUUUUCUAACCAAUAKGAAUUAAUAAUCAAAUUUGGAAUCUCAAA